AUGGAUAGAAAAUCUGCUAGAAUAAAAGCAGAGUUAGAAAGAUAUGGUUGGAAAGUUUCGAAGAAUUUUAAAUAUAGGAAGGGAAGACCCAUAAAAGUCUAUGACAAACUGGCUGGUCUUCGCUAUGAAAUGGACUUAGAAACAGCACGCGCAAACUAUCCAAACAGAUUAGAGAGGUUAGAAGAAGAACGUCUUAUGGACAUACCUUUCGAUGUUACUGAGCCUCAAGUUGAAGGACACGACGGCUUUGCCAGAUUCUACUGGAAACAUGACGAACAAUUGCAUCCUUUGAGAAGGAAAAAAGGAAAAGGUGCUCCCAUGGAAAGAACAAGAUAUGCAUAUGAAAAGUACCGUGAAGUUAGAAGUCAAAUUACAUCUGGUCGAACCUUUACAGUAAACUUUGACGAAGGAAAGAACAAAGAAGGCUUCAUGGGAGUACUUGCUGCAAUUCAAGAUGGAAAUAAGAAAGGAUACAAUCUCAGAUUGACC